AUGGCUGCGCACGCUAUAAUAUUGGAGCGCUUUGCCAACGCGACGAGGGCCUCCGUCAAUGGUUCAGCGAGGCCAUUGAGUUCGGUCGCCGGGCACUGCCUCAUGGAGCCGUACUACAUCCUCGAUGACCCAGCUAGCGUCCGCGCAAACGAGUUCCGCAACAACUGGGCGCUUUCGGGCAACAAGAUGUGCCCGAAAAUCGACAGCUUUGAGGCGCAUAACUACAUGAAGUUCUCGCCAUAUGACGUGAUCAACGACGAGGGCCACCACGAUUUCACUCUUACCUUCCGCCACAUCCAGGCUGACUUGCGCGACGUUGCCUGUUAUUACCCCCGCAAGACCGGCUUCCCAAGAUGA